AACAUAGUGCAACUAUAUAGAGGUCAUUCCCGUGUGCAGCUAGCAGACGAUGAUUACGUAAUGUCAAGACGACAAGCUUGAUUUAUUGAAAAAUGGCUGAUCUGAAUGUUUGCAACUUUGUCUGAGAAUAGGAAGUUAUUAUUCCGUGCAAGAUGUGUGAUGUCAUUCCUACAGUUAACAUCAAACAAGAGCAUGAUCCUAUCGCGUCUUGCUGUGAAUUUAUCAAUCCAAAAAUAACUAUUAAACAAGAACCGAUUGAAAGAGACAAUCUCACAAAUGAGCAAAGUAAUGGAUCUGAAAAUACUGUAAGCAUAAGCGACGUAGAUGACGAGGACGACGAUGUAUCUUCCCCAUCCACUGAAGAAUCGCCGACAGAUUUCGAUUGUUCAAUAACCGGUGUAAUCCUACCAAAUAUAGCUUUACCAUUGUAUCCAAGCAACAUUCCAAGAUGUGGUAACCGUCUAACAACAAUAACAUCAAAAAAAGCCAAGAAACCGGAUCCAGAUGGCCAUAUACUUUGUAAAAUAUGUGGAGACAAAGCUUCCGGUUUCCAUUAUGGAGUUUUCUCCUGUGAAGGAUGUAAGGGAUUUUUCCGUCGAUCUGUUCGUCAAAAUCUAGUCUACAAACCAUGUUCUACUCCAAAACGAUGUCUUAUCAUGAGAAUCAGUAGGAAUCGGUGUCAGUUCUGUAGAAUGCACAGAUGUAUAGAUUCAGGAAUGUCACAUGAAUCUGUACGAUUAGGGAGGUGUCCUAAAAAGGAUAAACCAUCACGAUUUAAUUUCUUCAAAUUACCACAAGGCGCUGUAGGAACAGAUGUAGAAAAACAGAUCCGAACGGAACAAAUGAUUCUUUGUAUACACGAGGCCUUCCGAGGAGCACGAAAAGAGUUUGAUUUGUUUACUGAUAAAUACAGUGCAGCUCCAAUAAUCCCGGUGCAAACAGAUUCCGACGCAAAAAAGUUAUGCUCGAGAUUCUUGCCAGCUAUGGUUCUAUUUACAACAUACUUUGCAAAGGAUAUUCCAGAAUUCACUAGACUUCAAGAAACCAAUCAAAAACUGUUAAUACGCGAGAGUUUCAUGGAGACAUGCGCAGUGCUUUCAUCUCACAGUUCCGAUGUUGAUUCUUAUGAUCUCAUUGCAGAUAAAUUUAGAUAUUAUGUUCACCAUGAGACAUGCUAUAAAAUGGGACCAUUUGGGGACUUUUUUCAUAAGAUGUUUACUACUAUUCAAAAACUACGCAGUUUAGAAAUGACGGAUGUUGAGUUAUCGAUCCUUGCGGCCGUUAUAUUAUUUUGUCCAGAUCGUCCAGGAGUUGGGGAAUCUUUUCAUUUAGAGAAAAUGGAAGAAGACUUAACAUUAGCAUUGAAAUGUCAAUUUUUAUUGAAUCACGGACAGUGUGAUAAACUUUUCCCAAAGACUGUUGAAAUUCUCGUUGAUUUACGUAGUAUUUCCACAAUGCAUUCCGAAAAGAUUCUUAAUUCAACAGUUGAAGUUGACAGCGAUGAUUGACAACGACAACAGAUAACAUCAGAGAUACCAAUGUCCAAAAACAAAAACAAAAUGAAUUUGUACAUGGAAUCAAGCUGUGACCCGUUUGGAUGCACAUUUUUUUAUUCAAGAACAACAUUAUGUAUUAAAACAUUUUGUUGAUGUUUUAAGUUAUAUUGGUGGUUAAAAUUAUAAAUGUAAGAAUAGGGUAAAUUAUAAUAUUUAAGUUCUGCCUUUUAUACAAAUCAGAAUUUUGUAAAAUAAAAAAUAAAUACUCAAUACCACUUAUGUUUUGUGAAAAAUUUGGUAGUUCAAUUUCAACACAAGCAUCUUGUGUAAAUUAUAUCAUAAUUGUGUAAUUAUUAUGUUAUUGAAAUUUUAUUGAAAUUUAAAAAAUAAUUUUGUUGUAUUUAUUUUUCUUGGUAUCCUUAAUUAAAAAAUAUGCCGACCUUGUAAAAUACGUUUUAAAGCUUGACUGUUAUAUGCAUGGUUUAAGCGCAUACCAUAUAGACUUUUACAGCGAUCUCUAAAUGCCUAACUCUGUGGCUUUAAAUGCCUAACUCUGUGGUUUGGUUGCUGUUGUUUUGACCUUUCAACCAAUAUAUUUUUAACAUAUUGUAUUGUAAUCUCAAAUGAAGAGAAAACAAGAUAACUUGGUAAAUGUAAAGAAAUUCCAAGAUAUCCAGUUGCGUUAGUACCAUCCAAGUUACAACAGUGAAACUCGUAGUAACUCUAAAAUAACAUAUAUAUACUAAAAUAUUAUUAUUAAAAAUAGUUAUGUUGUUCAGCAACACUGUACAUAAGAUGAGAUAAGAUAACUAUUAUUUCCAAUAGAGGAUUUAUCCAUGUGGCGUAAAGGUGAACAUGUUGAUAUUACUAGACACCGACUAUUCGUCUUUUGUUUGGGCGGGGGUGAUGAAUUGUACCAAAAGGAGAUUGAAGAAAAUAGUUUGUUUCCGUUCAAAAUUAGAAGAAAAUGCAACAUUGAGUAAAAAAAUAGGUCUUGUUCCUGUAUAUUUCUGACGAAAAGAUUUUUUUUUUUAUUUAAAAGGAGGAAACAUUGUUUGUCCUGAGAAAAGAAAUGAACCCAUGCGAUCCUACAAGAUGAGUGGUCGGUGCCUUAUCUAGUAUAUCCAAUCACCUUUUUUCACUUGAGUAAAUCCCAGCGGACACGACACGAAACAUUAGACCCCGAGUCUAUAAAUCUAUACGUAUACUCUAGAAUUACUUUUAAAAAAGUAUGAUUACUUAUUAUAUACUAUUUAACUGCUAUGUACCAAGUACUGUCAAUAUAUUGUUUUACAAAGAAAAUGUAUGUUUAUAUUUUGUAAAUGUGGCAGUAUGCUAAUAGUCAAGCCGAAAUCUUUCUUGAUCAUGCAUCGAAAAAUGUAGAAACUUCCAAAUUAAAGAAAUUAAAAUUUUUGUUGAAUCAAUAAGUUUUUUUGUUGUGUGUUUUAACAUGUUGUUUAUUUCGAUUGUAUCGUCUUUAAAAGACAAAUUGUUAAAAGUUCUGUUUUCAAAAUAGUUUAUAGACAAAGGGAAAUAACUGGCAAAUUUAUAUGACUUUCUGAAAAAUCAGAUUUGUUUUUAAAUGAACAUAUCAAUUUACAUUUUUAAGUCCGUAAAAUACAAAAUCUUGUUAGUGUAUAAUUAUUGUAUAAGGCAGACUAAGUCCCAAAGUGAUCGUUACUAUUUUAUAUUUGUUGGCACAUUUUUUUUUAGCUGGCAAAGUUUUCUGCAGUAAAAAUCAUUUCACCACAACCACAGUUAAAUACCUUCAUUUGUCAACGGUUAUGUCAAUAUUCUAUGAUCCUCAGUCACGUGGAUUGAAAGACCGACGAAAAGAAUGUGAUCACAUUGGAUAUAGAAAUCAAUGUAAAAGAUAUUGCCCAUUAUUGAUAUUAAGUAAAACUAAGAUGCCUUAAGAUUGAAUAGCAAAUUUCUUAAAUUUACAAAUUUAUCCCUGUAAAAUCGUCGUCAGCAACACAUUAUAUUAAACAUUGUGUUCACCUCAGAGUAAGUGCGUGUAUUCCUUAAAUCCGAAGAAAUGUUGGUAACUAUAAAACGAGACUUGUAAUAGUGAUAAUGUAAUUGACUGAAUUGAAAAUUUGUCUUUCUCCAUUUUGUAUAACAUGAUGUUAGCGUGUAUCCUCUAGAUUACAUAUAGAACAAUAACUAAUAAUUUAAGUUUGGAUGUAACACGUCUUCUGAUUGGCUGAAAGUUUUUUGUCUAUCUACUCAUAGACAUAAUCCUGUCAUGUGACCGUGACGUCAUCAACGUUUUUUCAUGAUUAACUCCUUAAAAAUAGAAUUUAUUAUAAUUUAAAUUAUAAGGAAUGACUGUAAUAUUUUUUUCUGGCUAAUCGAAAUAACCUCAAAAAUGUGGUGCACACUUUUAAAUAACCCACUACGCCGGUUAUUCAGUGUGCACUACAUUUUUGAUGUUAUUUCAAAUAGACAGAAAAAAUAUUUCGGUCAUUCCUUAAAUAGAUGUUUCAGUGUUGAUUUAUCAAAUGUUUAUAGUGGAUAAAUUCUCAAUUCUAUUUUAUGUUUUUCCUGUAGAUAUUGAGUGCAAUGUAUUUAGGAUGUAAAUUUGGUCUUUCAUAAAAGCGAAAUUCCAAACUGAACUAUGUUGAUAGUUAUGUGUAAUCCAGAAAAGUUCUGACUAUGGUUGUUAUUUCUUUAAUGUAUCAUAUCAAAGGUUAUCCAAGGAACUUGUCAUACCACUGAUACCGUUAUCAUACAUUUUUUAGAUGUCUCUUUUAAUCUUGAAAUUUAUAUUGUAACUAAUGGCAAAAUGCUGAAAUUUAAAUAAAUCACACAUGCAUUUUAAUACACCGAUCAACUUUUGCAUAUGUGAAGCUAUAACCUAUUACACGUCUAUAUCAAGUCCCUGUGUGAAGUGAAAACUUUUCAUCAAAAUGGAAAAAAAAUAUCAGUAGAAAUGUAUCUUAACCUAAUGAUGAAGAGAAUAAUGUCUAUCUUUUCUGAAAAAGGCACAGAAAAUACUAAUUGACAGUGUAAAUCAAAACCUUAAGUCGAAGAAGAAUAGACUAAGACCAUGUCACCAAGAGAGAAAAAAAACCCAAAAUAACACAAACAGUCCACAAAAUAAAUAUAGGAAGAUGUGGUAUGAGUGCCAAUGAGACAACUCUCCAUCCAAGUUACAAUUUAUAAAAGUAAACCAUUAUAGGUCAAGGUACGGCCUUCAACACGGAUCAUUGGCUCACACCGAACAGCAAGCUAUAAAGGGCCCCAAAAAAUUACUAGUGUAAAACCAUUCAAAAAAACUAUAUAGAAAACUAUUGAUACCUCAAAAUGGUAACAAUUCAAUUGUAAGUCUGACACAUGAAUGCAUUACUUAUGUAAUACAGUUCUUAUGUAAUGAAGUGACCACAUGGUUUUCCUUGUUUCUAGUAUUUUUUCAAUAUAAGAUAUGUUCAAACGAUAGUCAAAUUUUUCAUCUACAACAAAAAAGAAGAUACUAUAUUCCAUCUUGUGAUGUUAUUGUAUUUAAUGUUUUGUGUAGAACCAGUAUAUGCAUACAUGUAUGUAAGGUAUAUUUAUAUAUUAUGUUUUCAAGUAAGUAAAUGCAUAUACAUAUUUUUUUUAAUGGUAACUGAUUCAAAAUCUUACCAUUGUAUAGAAUAGCAAAAUGUAUCGUAUGUUUAACAUACUCUUAGGCACCAACCAUUCAUUUUUUUGUGGGGGACGGGGAUCGAACAUGGUUGUAUUUUUUAUUCUUAAUAAAUUGUUUGAUUUUAAGUUUCUUAAUAAAAGAUCAUUUGUUUCCGAAGAGAAGUGAGCAUAUAUUUUGUUUCCUUUGCAAAUUACGAAAAAUAAAUACUGAUUCAACAUUCAAUUAAAAACAAAUCAGGUUCCUGUACCAAAUUAAAAAUAAAAGUUUGUUGUUAUUAAUGUUAUUAAUGUUGAAAAAAAAGUUCCCAGGAAAAAGCGCAUCCCCCCAACCACCAUCACUUAGGAUGAAUGAUCGGUGCCUUAUCGUCUGAAUUAUCAAAUGGCGACUCUCAGCUGUAAUUGUUGUUAAAAUAUGCAUUAAAAAUAUGGGAAAAUUC